UCCAUCACUAUCAAUCAAUAAAUAUCUCAAUCCUUAUCCACUUAACUCUUUGUCCUUCAGCUUCGUAGUUAUUAUUUAACUCAGCUUUUUUUCUGAUUAAGUUUGAUAAAUAUCUUCACUUCUUCGUAGAGGAACUAGAGAUGAUGAUAAAGUCUGUGACUCUUCGUUCGUUUCAUCUCCCUAUUGAGUUCAACGACACCACCAAGUUCGUCUCACCGUCUUGUUUUCCGGCGAGAUCCUUCCCGGUAGUCCGUUGUUCAAACACCAGAGACGUCCCUAAGCUUGAACUCUUCAGCCGUGGAAAAUUCGACAGGGUUCUUCAAGAUCCGCCGCUGAUUGAAAAAGCCGAAACCGAACUCUCAGAUUACUGUUCGACGCUUGAAGGUGAUGACUCUUACAGUUGCUGGAGAGCUUACUUUGAACUCAAAGAACUCGAAAGAGAGAAGCCAAAGGUUGAAGUUGAGAAUCUAAUCUUGCAAACAGGCGGUGUGAAAUCUUUAAUCGGGUGUUUACAUGGAGUUGCUUCAAUGGAGAAAGAUAACAAAACCAAGAAUGGUUUACAAGAUGUAGCAGAGGACUCAGAUAGGGAGAAAGGAAUGAGACUACUACAUGUUCAUCAUAUUCCUGAUGGUUUACCAAAAUCUGAGAAAGAAUUGGAGGAAGAAGAGAAAUCGAAGAUGCCGGAUUCUGCUUUCACUAGAUUGCUUAGAGCUAAAGGAACUAUCCCUGCUUGGUUCUCUCACGCUCCUGACCACGAAACCGACUGAAGGAAGGGGUUUAGAAAGUUCACACUUCUAUGUAAAUAUAGUUGUUGGUUUUGCUUUAGAUCAUAUCAAUCUGAUCAUAUCGCCAUAGAAAUGUGGUUGUUAUUGCUUGAUGUUCGUUUUGUUUUGAUCCCGUGUGCCUAUUAUAGUACUACGCGGUUUUGGUUGUCAAAGAGAUUUCUAUUCUUGAUUA